AUGCCUAGAGGCAUACCCAAUGCUAAGCGCGAUGAUACUGGCAUGCGCUACACGUUUUUUCAUGUACCUUUGGCGCCCAAUCCAAAACACAUGGGCACCUCCUAUCUGAAGACAGACUCUCAAACAUUGUGGCACAGAAAUGCUGCUCGGAAGGGUAAACCGUCAGCCGAGGAGUCGGUUUCUCAUCCUCCAGAACAGAGGCGUGGCUCUCAAGUGAUUGUCAUUCAUCCUGGGUCUAGGUGGCUGCGUGUAGGCAAGGCCUCAGACGUGAAUCCGAUAUCUGUGCCGAAUGUUAUUGCGCGAAAACAUCAACCACCUACCCCCACUCCAAGCUUUGUGGAAGGUAUUUUGAGACCUAGGAAAGGACGUUCUAACUUGCAGAAUUCCACUCAAUCUCAGAACGGCGAUGAAUACGCUGUCAACGUUUCAUCCGAUGAUCCUUUCGACGAUAAGAUUGGUACUAUCACCGUGUCCCUCCGUGACCGAAUGCGCUUUUAUAAGCUCCGCGUCACCCCAAAUGCUGCAAGCAUUGCAUCGACAUUCAAUGAACAAUUUAAGCCAGAGAUAAUUGCUGAAAUAAACGACCCUUUUCGUGUUGAGUGGAUACAAACACCCCUAGAGUCUAAUGAAGCACUUGUUGGUGAGAGGGCGAGUACAUCUUCAGACCCUCAGCGCCUCAAUUAUGCUGUCCGUUGGCCCAUUCAUGGAACACAUUUUAAUACACGCGAUUACCCAUCAGUUCAAAUGAUUCUUGAUGAUAUAGAAGAAAUUCUUCGAUGUAUCCUUCAAGACAAAUUCAGCAUUGAGAGACAAGAUUACAAGAAUUAUUCCGUUGUUCUAGUUAUUCCGGACUUUUACGAGAGAUCUUAUGUUCGCGAUUUUGUUAACAUCAUCCUGGUAGCAAUGGGCUUCAAGCAGAUUUGUGUACAGCAGCAAUCGCUCGCAGCGACUUACGGAGCUGGAAUUUCAAAUGCGUGUGUUGUGGAUAUCGGUGCAGUUGCUACCAGUGUAGCAUGCGUCGAUGAAGGCCUUGUAAUUUCUGACACUAAAAUGUCCCUGAACAUGGGUGGAGAUGACAUAACCGAGUUCUUAUAUGUGCUACUAGAGCGGAUCAGCUUCCCAUACCGAGAUAUUAACUUGUCGCGAUGGUAUGACUGGAACGUCAUGGAAGACCUGAAGGCAAGGCUAUGUACCCUAGCGGAGGGAGAUGUCGCCCUCAAUUUAUACGACUUUGUUGUUAGACAACCAGGAAAGCCCACGGAAAAAUAUGGACUUCGCGCUUAUGAUGAAAUCAUUUUAGCUCCUAUGUGUAUCUUUGAACCUCGUGUUAUCGAGUUUGACAGAAAGCGCAUCGGCUUGCGCCCUCACUCUCACCCCGAUAUUUCGGAGGAGAUUAUAGAUCAUGCUGGAGACCAAGUUACACAAGCUAUGAUCAUAUCGACGCAGCACCUCAUGCCGGCACCGGCACCGGUUGUCCCACCCGAAUCAGCAUCAGUGCUUUCUGUACCGGUGCCAGUUCCAUCUCAAGGAGAUAUUACAUUUGGAGAUGCUGUCGCGAAGCAAGAACAACAAGAUGUUCAACUUUCGUCGAGUACCGAUGUCACCCCACCUGUUCCGCCAUCAACUGCAUCUUCCGCUAUCGAGCCUAACUCAGAAAAUGCGCCUGACAUGCCGAUGGAAGUGGUUGAUAUUGAGGGUGAAAAAUCUGCUUCCGGUGCUGUACCACCACAGCCGGCAUCUUCACAACUCGCUCCGCUACCUGCAUCAAAUACAGGUACGAGCCAAAUUAGGGGACUUGGAAUUGACGUAUGUUUCGAGGCAAGCAAGCUGCCACUCGAUGUAGCUAUAUUCAACAGCGCCAGAGCAGCGGGUGGGGAUGACAAAAUACGCAAGUACCUUCAAGCUGUCUUGGUUAUUGGUGGGACAGGUCUUAUUCCAGGGAUGGCACAUGCCUUGGAGAGCAGGUUGCAAGCUAUCGCAACUCCUCUGGUACUUAACAUGGAAAAGGUUCAAAUUAUCCCUCCUCCGAAGGACGUGGAUCCGAGGGUUCUCGCCUGGAAAGGCGCUGCCGUUCUCGGGAAAAUGGACUCGGUGGCCGAUCUCUGGCUGACCCCUGCUGACUGGGACAUCUUAGGCAUGCGAGGUCUUAAGGAGCGGUGUUUUUAUCUAUAA